AACUUCGAGUGAGUGCACAUCAAUCGAAUUCGCCAUUAGACAAAAAUCGACAGAAUGCCGUUUAUGAUAGGCAAGGAGCCUGUGCGGCGAACAAUGAAAUACUUAAUGGCUGGCAAAUUGGUUUUAAAGGAUAAGAUACAAAUAAUGUCCAUCAAUUAUAACACACAUGGCAGUCAUCACCGAGGUACAAGAGACUUCGUGUUUUGGCAUCUACCGCAAUUACAGUAUAAAAAUCCAAAUGUACAAAUAGUUGCCUUUAAAAACAUAACUCCGUCGCCAUUCAUAAAAUGUUACUACGCGGAUGGUAAGACGAUGUUAAUAGAUGUAGACAGCAAAUCAAAGGAUGAGAUACUUGAUCAUCUCUUAAGAGUGGUAGGAAAACCGCUGAAUGUAUUGAAAAACGAAGCUAUAGCUCAAGAAAAGAAGGCUAAUCCAGCAAAUUUCGGAGUUGGUUGCGAUAGGAGUUGUAUAUGUCAUAUCCCAGGACAAGUGCCAUGUCCUGGUAUAGUACCAUUGCCAGAUCACAUGCGUGGAAAGAUAAUAAUAGAGCGAUUACUGAAUAAAGAUUAAACAAA